UAUUUUCGUUUCAUGGGUUACUUCAAUCUAACAUGAUAGCUUCGUUCUCGGUCCUUUCCGCUUCGUUGAUGUUUAUGGGACCUUCCAUUUGUGUAUUCAAUCUAAAUUUCAGGUCACAUUUCUCCACCCAGACUGUUUUUCCCGCAUUUACUUGAUCUUCGGUGAUUCCUUGGUGUUGCCCAGCCCUGUUGAUGGGUUUCAUUUUUUUUCUUGUUUUCUCGAUCACCAUUUCCUACAUAGGGUUUUUUUCGGGAUAAGAUUCAACCAAGAUCCCUAAAAGAAACGACGAACCCCGGUGAUUUUGGGGUUCUACAACAGUUUUUCGUGUUUCCGAUUACAAUGUGUUUGUUUGUUUGUUAUAUCUGAAAUUUGGUUGUUCCUAAACCCUGUAUUUCACAUCCAUUCGAUCUUUUGGUUAUUGGGGUAUUUGGGUAUGUGUAUGAGAUUUUUGUUGCCAUAUUGCAUCGUGUUGAUCCAUGUUCGGAUGUUGGGGAUGAAGGCUUGGCGACUCGGAUGAAUUUGUAUGUGUAGUUUUAUGGUUUCUGUAGAGUACGUUUGAGGCUGUUGUUAGGCAAUUUUAUUUUUAUUUGUAGAUGAAGAAGGUUAAAACCGAACCUCCGGUUGCGAGGAGACUCAGGUUAUCGCAUCUUCUUCUCGUAAUUGGAGUGUUGUAUUUAGUUUUCAUAUCAUUUAAGUUUCCACGUUUUUUGGAAAUUGCUGCGACGUUGAGCGGGGAUGAAAGUAAUAAUGGGUUGGAUUCAAAUGGAGUUGACAGUGAAGGAAUGGAUUUUAGCAAAGCGUCGUUGAGUUCUGUUUAUAAGGAUACAUUUCAUCGGAAACUGGAAGAUAAUCAGCAUUUAGAAGCACCAUUGACGCCUAAAAAAGAGCCACUCGAAGAGGUGAAUAAUGUUACUGGACCGAUAAAGCCAAUUAAGCAUAAAUAUGGUCGGAUAACCGGUAACAUUUCGAGUCAGCUGAAUCAUACCAAUGAUUUUUCAAUGCUUGAGACAAUGGCAGAUGAAGCUUGGACAUUAGGCUCGAUGGCUUGGGAAGAAGUAGAUAAAUUUGGGUUGAAUGAGACUUCUGAAAGUUCUAUACUCGAGGGAAAACCUGAGUCAUGUCCUUCAUGGAUAUCUACUGAUGGGAAAAAGUUAAUGGAGGGAGAUGGACUCAUGUUCCUUCCUUGUGGACUUGCUGCAGGUUCAUCUAUUACAAUAAUUGGAACCCCUCAUCUUGCUCAUCAGGAGUACGUGCCCCAACUUUUGAAGGUGGGAGGUGAUCCUAAGGUCAUGGUUUCACAGUUUAUGGUUGAAUUGCAAGGAUUGAAAUCGGUCGAUGGUGAGGACCCACCAAAGAUCCUUCACUUGAAUCCACGGCUGAAAGGUGAUUGGAGUAAACGGCCGGUCAUUGAACACAAUACAUGUUAUAGGAUGCAGUGGGGAACGGCUCAAAGGUGUGAUGGUUUGCCAUCAAGUAGUGAGGACGAAAUGCUUGUUGAUGGAAAUCAUCGAUGCGAAAAAUGGUUGAGAAGUGAUGUUACAGAUUCGAAAGAAUCGAAAACAACCUCAUGGUUCAGGAGAUUCAUAGGGAGGGAGCAAAAGCCAGAAGUGACUUGGCCAUUUCCCUUUAUGGAGGGCAGAUUGUUUAUCUUAACACUUCGUGCUGGUGUUGAUGGAUACCAUAUAAAUGUUGGUGGUCGGCAUUUGACUUCUUUUGCCUAUCGCCCUGGAUUUACGCUUGAAGAUGCAACUGGAUUAGCAGUUAAAGGAGAUGUGGACAUUCAUUCUACAUAUGCUACAGCUCUUCCUACGUCUCAUCCAAGCUUCUCUCCUCAACGAGUUCUUGAAAUGUCAGAGAAAUGGAAAUCUCAGCCUUUGCCAAAGAGUUCCGUUUUUCUUUUUAUUGGUGUUCUGUCUGCUACUAAUCAUUUUGCGGAGCGUAUGGCCGUUAGGAAAACUUGGAUGCAGUCUUCAGCUGUCAUGUCAUCAAAUGUAGUUGUUCGCUUCUUUGUUGCACUGAAUCCGAGGAAGGAGGUCAAUGCUGUGCUGAAAAAGGAAGCUGCAUAUUUCGGUGAUAUUGUGAUCCUGCCCUUCAUGGACCGCUAUGAGCUUGUCGUUCUCAAGACUAUUGCCAUAUGUGAGUUUGGGGUAGUGAACUUGACAGCUUCAUAUAUUAUGAAAUGUGACGACGAUACCUUUGUGAGGGUGGAAACUGUUUUAAAACAGAUCGAAGGCAUUUCAUCCAAGAAGUCCCUAUACAUGGGCAAUCUCAACCUCUUGCAUCGCCCUCUCAGACAUGGAAAAUGGGCAGUCACAUAUGAGGAAUGGCCAGAAGAAGUCUAUCCUCCAUAUGCCAAUGGGCCAGGAUAUAUCGUUUCCAUUGACAUUGCUAAAUACAUUGUCUCUCAACAUGAAAACAAGAGCUUGAGGAUAUUCAAGAUGGAGGAUGUGAGCAUGGGAAUGUGGGUUGAACAGUUCAACAGUACUGUGGCGACAGUUCAAUACUCUCACAACUGGAAAUUUUGCCAAUAUGGAUGUAUGGAAGACUAUUUUACAGCACACUAUCAAUCUCCAAGACAGAUACUCUGCUUGUGGGAUAAAUUGGCCAGAGGACACGCUCAUUGUUGCAACUUCAGGUAACAAUUUUCCCCACUCUGUAUUUCUAGCCAUGUUUAUUAUUCAGUGUAGGCAUCAUGAAUUCAAACUAUGAUGCAUUAUAAUUGUUAAUUUUUAUUUUUUAAAAAAAGAAAAUCAAGAUCAGUUUUCCAUGUAUAGAAUUAUGAUGUGGAAUGGGCAUUUUGAUAUGAAGUUAGCUUGAUUCCUCCAUUUAUUAUUUUA